CAGACUGAUGAGAAUAUGUUGUGCAUUUUACAAUACUGCACUUCAUGCAGCUAGGACGUAGCUCGUUUUUUGUUGAACUUGCUAUAAUGUAGCUAACUAGUUCGACAGACAUGCUAACUACACAAGCUGGCUAACAGUUCUAGCAUAUUUGCCUUACUACGGUAUGACUGCGAACUGUGAAUAUGUUUUAAUCAAUAUUCACAUUCUGAUUAAAGCCCCAACAAUACACUGCAGCUGCCUUCUGCGACGUUAGCUAACACGAUCUCUGAGCCGGAUAUCUGUUAGUUUCAUAACGUCAGAUGGCUAGCAAGCUACCUAUGUAGCUAGUUUAUUUCUCCCAAGAUCUUCGCACAUCGUUACUAAAAAGGUUUAUUAAAAAGGGACAGAAUCGGGAAACCGCUGGAAGCACCGCGGUCGCAGGAUGGGGGAAAAGGCGGCGGACACGCUGGAUUUUGUGAAGGACUUCCAGGAGUAUCUCACACAGCAAACCCAGCAUGUCAACAUGAUCUCGGGCUCCGUCGGCGCUGAGAAAGACGCAGAUGUACUCCAAGGGGCCGGUACUGAGGGCGAGCAGAACGGGCUGGACCACGCAUCCGUGGAGGUGUCGCUGGAGGACAGCUCGGGGCUGCUGGUGGACGGGUUCGAGCGGACCUACGACGGCAAGCUGAAGUGCCGUUACUGUAACUACGCCAGCAAAGGCACGGCGCGGCUCAUCGAACACAUCCGAAUACACACAGGAGAGAAACCCCACCGGUGCCACCUCUGCCCUUUCGCGUCUGCGUAUGAGCGCCACCUGGAGGCUCACAUGCGCUCCCACACCGGGGAGAAGCCCUACAAGUGUGAGCUGUGCUCCUUCCGCUGCAGCGACCGCAGUAACCUGUCCCACCACCGGAGGCGCCGGCACAAGCUGCUGCCGAUGAAGGGGGCACGCUCCACGCUGGCCAGCAGGAAGAUGCUGAGUGUGCUGCAGAGGAAGGCCGGCUGCCUGGGCUACAGCCGCCGCCUGCUGCUCAACCUCAGCCCGCCCUCCCUGCUAGUGCAGAAGGGUGACUACCUGAGCGACUUCCCCCAGGGCCUGCCGCACCUGCACGCCGAGGCCUACGAGGGCGUGGCCAAGGCAGCGGGCGGCGGCUGCGGGCCCCGGGACGCCCCUGACGUGAUGGGGGAGAACCCCCUGAACCAGCUGUCCACCCUGGCGGGGCAACUGGCCAGCCUGCCAGCCGACACCCAGACGCCCCUGUCGCCUGACACCGGGUCCUGCCGCGACGAGAAGCCCUUCCUGGUCCAGCAGCCGGCCGCCGCCCCGGCCGCCGUGUCCGCCAGCGUGGCGCAGGCGGCGUCUCCCAGCAGCCCCGAGCCACGCCCGCCGCCGCCCAGCAACUGUAGCCCGGGGGCGGGGCCCUGCAGCGAGCACAGCCCCCACACCAGCACCCCCAGCGUCAGCAGCCAGCCCAGCUCCCCCGCCCCCGGCCUGCCCCCCCAGGACCUCCAGCUUCUGCACCACUGCCAGCACUGCGACACCUACUUCGCCGACAACAUCCUCUACACCAUCCACAUGGGCUGCCACGGCUACGAGAACCCCUUCCAGUGCAACAUCUGCGGCUGCAAGUGCAAGAACAAGUACGACUUCGCCUGCCACUUCGCCAGGGGGCAGCACAAAUAA